AUGCCUGGAAGGCCUUCCUCCCGCCUGCGCCAGGGUCUGGACAACGAAGUCUACCAGGCUGUGACUCAUUUGCUUCAGGACCCUCUGAACAGGCCCGACGUGCGCAGUCUAUAUCAAGCCAUCCAACGCUCAAAUUCCAGCUUGAAACGCAAAUCGAAGCGAUCCCUCGAAGACAGCCUCGAGCGCAUACUCGACACUCUCGAAGACGACGCUCAGGAGGACGAGGAGGCCGAAGCCGACAAGUUCGCAACCAAAGAAGAGGAGCCAAACAUUAUGAACAAGAGCAUUACUGGCUCGUGGAAGAUUGCCACUCCCACCACCGCACCUGGUACUCCUGCAGUAAACGGCUCUGCAACCGAGACAAAGAGAAGGGAAGCAAACGGAGAACCCGUCAAGAAACGCCUAAAGCGUGACAAGAACGAGGAAAUCGACCGCUCUCCACCUACUGGCAUCGCUCUCGAGGACUUGGGUGGUGUCAACGACGUCAAGCGCCAGCUCAUGAACCUNUUGACCCUUCCUUUACUCCGCCCUCAACGCUAUGCCGACCUCAACGUNCCCCUGCCUCGCGGUAUUCUUCUCCACGGUCCUCCUGGAUGUGGUAAAUCUAUGCUGGCAAGAGCAAGUGCUGCAAAACUCGGUGUCCCCUUCAUCGAGAUUGCUGGUCCGUCUGUCGUGUCAGGCAUGUCGGGAGAGUCCGAAAAGCAGAUUCGCGACCGUUUCGACGAAGCCCGCAAGCACGCUCCCUGUCUGAUCUUCAUCGACGAGAUCGAUGUCAUUGCUCCGAAGCGUGAGAGCUCGCAGAGUCAGAUGGAGAAGCGCAUCGUUGCGCAGCUCUUGAUCAGUAUGGACAGCUUGGCUCUCGACAACAAGGAGAACAAUGGCAAGCCUGUCAUUGUGCUCGCUGCCACCAACAGACCAGAUACCAUCGAUUCCGCUCUGCGACGAGGCGGCCGCUUCGACACCGAAAUCAACAUGGGUGUGCCCAACGAGCCUAUGAGAGAGAAGAUUUUGCGCACACAGACGAGAAACACGCCCAUCUCUGAAGACGUCGAUUUCCCUAAGCUCGCAAAGAUGACCCCUGGUUUUGUGGGUGCUGAUUUGAGGGAUCUUGUGGGCAAGGCCGCGACAUGGGCCAUGGACCGCUACCAAGAUGCCUUGAUCAGGCAGGUAGAGGCAACGACAGAUGGAAUGGAGCUCGACGACAAUCAAGAGCCGAAUGUUGACGAACUCUGGGAUCGUCUUGUCAUACGUGCAAGAAACACAGAAAUGGAAGAGCCCGAGGGCUUCGAGCAGACCAUCAUUCCUAUGGAAGCUUUCUUGACUGUUCUGCCCACCAUCACACCCUCUUCCAAGCGCGAAGGCUUCGCAACGAUACCGGACACUACUUGGGAAGACAUUGGCGCACUCACAAGCGUCAGAGAAGAGCUUCAGACUGCCAUCGUGGAACCUAUCAAAUCACCCGACUUGUAUGCUGCGGUCGGUAUCUCUGCACCUACUGGUGUGUUGCUCUGGGGUCCUCCUGGUUGUGGUAAGACGUUGCUUGCCAAAGCGGUCGCGGCCGAGUCCAAGGCCAACUUCAUCAGUGUCAAGGGUCCGGAGCUACUCAACAAGUACGUCGGAGAGUCAGAACGUGCAGUACGCACGCUUUUCAACCGCGCUCGCUCCUCUGCACCUUGUGUUAUCUUCUUCGAUGAGCUCGAUGCACUUGUGCCUCGUCGUGACGACUCGCUUUCCGAAGCUUCUGCACGUGUCGUCAAUACUCUGCUCACUGAGCUGGAUGGUCUGUCUCAUCGCGCUGGUAUCUACGUCAUCGCAGCGACCAACAGACCUGACAUCAUCGACGAGGCCAUGAUGCGUCCCGGUCGUCUCGAAACCAAGAUUUACGUUGGUCUUCCAGGCACGGAAGAGCGUGUUGAAAUCCUCAAGGCCCUGAUCCAGUCCAGAGCCAAGGAUGGCAGAGCUGGUGUAUGGCCUGCCGGCAUCGAGCAGAUCGCUCGCGACGAAAAGUGCAAUGGUUACUCGGGUGCCGAUCUCGAGUCACUGUUGCGACAAGCUGGUCAGCACUGCCUGAAGCGUAAAGACAACAAGGUGGCACAGGAGGACUUUGAAUACGCCAUCAGUGUUGUACACAAGAGUGUUGGAAGCAUUGAGAAGUACGAGAAGUUGAAGAAGAAGUUUGCCAGCGGUUUCUAA